AGAGGACUCCCAUUCAAAACGAAGUCCCGGUGUCCGGGGUCCAUCAAAUUUUUAGUUUUUGCUCUUUCACUAAUACACAUAUCCUUCAAAAACAACGCGGCGAUGGCAGCAACAACAGCGUGGCUUUCGCCUCCUUCGCGGACAGAACUUAUUGAAAAUCUGGUAUCCGGUGUUGACCGUUACAACCCAUCAAAUGUCGGUAUUCUCGAGGAUUACCUCUACCACCAGAUCCGCAGUGAGGAGUAUGACUGCCUUGCUAACCUGGCUAUAUUGAAGCUCUAUCAAUUCAACCCUGACCUUUUCAAUCCUGACGUUGUCAUUAAUAUCCUACUCAAAGCUCUUACAGCAGAGCCUUUUCCAGACUUCAACCUCUGCAUAUCUCUCCUCGAUGACCGGCCACCAAAUUCUGCGCUCGACGAGCCCGACCCAUUGCCUACGCUUUUACCGCUUCUCAUGAAUCUCUACAACCUUCUUCACCAGUGUCGUUUCUCCGCGUUUUGGGUACUGUACCGGUCCGAUGAGUUGGAGGUCAUAAGAGAGAAUUAUACAGUGGAGUGUGCAGGGUUCGAAGAUGCCAUCCGGGAAGUCGCCGCGCGAUCAGUAAGGGCUACUUUCACGCGGAUCAACAGUGAGAGGUUGGGAACCUAUGUGGAUCUAACAGGACCAGAGCUAGAGGCAUGGGUCGCAAAACAACGAUGGACGUUUGAUUCAUCCACUGGCGUGGUCAGCAUACCGCCAAACCCUGACAAUCAGAUUGAAUCGGUCGUCAUUCAAGAGCAUAUCAAGCUUCCACAACUCAGCAAGGUCAUUUCGCAUACUGUGCAGGUCAAAUGAUGACUUGCCACAAUAUGCGUGUACAUUGUACAUUACUCGCUUAGUAUGAUGUCGAUGGAUGUGAUGCAACUGGACGACGAUGUAUAGUACGUAUCUG